AUGCAGCAUCUUACCUUGGUGGCCGUCCUCCUCCUGGCAUCCUCCUGGGGACUCUGCGCUGGAGCUGGUGAUUGGUGCUAUCAGUCCCAGUUCACCUGCGAGCAUCAGUGCAAUGGUCCGGACAAGUGGAAUCACGCAAACGGCGCAUGCGCUGGAAAAUCCCAAUCGCCCAUCAACGUGGUCACCAGAAAGACUUUGAAAGACGAGCGUCUGACUCCGUUUGCAUUCGCCAACUACCAGCAGAUCUUCCGAGGGACCAUCAAGAACAACGGCCAUUCAGUUCAAGUCGGAGUUCCUCACCUAAGCACCAUCUCGGGGGGAGGCUUGACGAGCACCUAUAAGGCUGUCCAGUUCCACCUGCACUGGGGCACCAAUGGUGGGCCGGGCUCUGAACACACCAUUGAUGGAGAGCAGUAUCCAAUGGAGCUGCACAUUGUGCACAUGAAACAUCACUACACAGAUCUGACGACAGCACUAGCAGAUCCAGAAGGAGUUGCAGUCCUGGGCUUUUUCUACGAGGUGUCCAACAGUGCCAACCGAAAAUACGACCCCAUUAUCAACGCUCUGCGGAGCAUCAAAACAACAAACGCCAAUGCUUCUCUUCCUCCAAUCUCCUUGGCACAACUCAUUCCACCUGAGCACAAUAUGACCAACUUUUACCGUUAUAAGGGAUCUCUGACCACACCGGGCUGCACAGAAGCUGUGGUUUGGACCUUGUUCGAGAACCCCAUCCCGCUCAGCUUUGAACAGCUUCGGGCGUUCUCCGAGCUCAGGUUCCACGACGGGAAGGCGAUGGUGGGUACCUUCAGGCCGGUGCAACCCCUCAACGGCCGCCAGGUGUUCCGGUCCGGAGGCGCCAAGGUCUUGGUCAACUUCGCCCUCCUCGUGGUCACCCUGGCGACGACCUUGGGACUCCAUUAG